AUGAACAAGUCAGAAUGCAAGAAAGAACGCAAGAUGAACAAGUCAAAAAGCAAGAUAGAAAGCAAGAUGAACAAGUCAGAUAUCAAUAUGGACAAGUCAGAAAUCAAUAUGGACAAGUCAGAAAGCAAGAUGAACAAGUCAGAAAGAAAGAAAGAAAGCAAGAUGAACAAGUCAGAAAGCAAUAUGAACAAAAAGCAAGAAAGAAAGCAAGAUGAACAAGUAAGAAAGCAAGAUAACAAGUCAGAAAGGAAGAUAGAAAGCAAGAUGAACAAGUCAGAAAGCAAGAAAGAAAGCAAGAUGAACAAGUCAGAAAGCAAGAAAGAAAGCAAGAUGAACAAGUCAGAAAGCAAGAAAGAUAGCAAGAUUAACAAGUCAGAAAGCAAGAUAGAAAGCAAGAUGAACAAGUCAGAAAGCAAGAAAGAAAGCAUGAUGAACAAGUCAGAAAGCAAGAAAGAAAGCAAGAUGAACAAGUCAGAAAGCAAGAAAGAAAGCAACAUGAACAAGUCAGAAAGCAAGAAAGAAAGCAAGAUGAACAAGUCAUAG